UGGAACUGAAGAAGAAAGAGUGAAAAUUUAUCGCAGCGCCCACAGACCUUUACUUGAAACCCCUGUGGCGAGCGGUGCUUUUUGCGCGUCCAGACACGGCUGCCUUGAAAGUCCCCGCACUUUUCGCUUCACCCGAUAGAUGUCACCAGGGAGUCACGUGAAAAGUUAUGGUGGAAGGUGUGGAGUAAAAUCAAAUGUUGAUUAGGAAAGUUUGUCCAAAUCUCUACCCUCUUUGAUCAUUUAGCUGUGUUUCGGUUGAACCUACCUUCGUCCUGAACAUCAUCCAAACUUCCAUAGAAGAUGACGGAAUACUGGCUUAUUUCUGCCCCUGGAGACAAAACUUGUCUGCAGACAUGGGAAUCCAUGAACAACCUUACAAGCAAACAAAACAGCCUGUCAGAUAACUACAAAUUUAACAUACCAGAUUUGAAGGUUGGAACUCUGGACCAACUGGUUGGAUUAUCAGAUGACUUGGGGAAACUGGAUGGUUUCGUUGAGUCAGUGACUCGAAAAGUAGCGGCAUACCUUGGCGAAGUUCUGGAGGAUCAGCGGGACAAGCUGCAUGAAAAUUUGAUGGCCAACAAUGAUAGUGCUAAGUUGUCCACUGCAAGUUUCCUGAGAGCUCAAGAUGGUGAUCUUUCAAAUUACAUCACUCGGUUCCAAUGGGACAUGGCCAAGUACCCCAUCAAGCAAUCCUUGCGCAACAUUGCUGACAUCAUAAGCAAGCAGGUUGGUCAGAUUGAUGCUGACUUGAAGACAAAGUCUUCAACUUACAACAAUUUGAAGAGCAGCCUCCAGAAUAUGGAGAAGAAACAAACGGGAAGUCUUCUUACAAGGAAUUUGGCAGAUCUCGUCAAGAAGGAACACUUCAUCCUAGAUUCUGAGUACCUAAAUACUCUGCUUGUGGUUGUGCCCAAGCAGAGCAUCAAUGACUGGUGGGCAAACUAUGAAAAGUUGACAGACAUGAUUGUGCCACGCUCCUCUCAAAUGAUAACUCAAGAUCAAGACUACGGUCUUUUUACAGUUACACUGUUCAAGAAAGUUGAGGAUGAAUUCAAACACCAUGCUCGGGAAAAGAAAUUCAUUGUACGUGAGUUCAAGUACAAUGAAGAGGAACUGGCAGCUGGCAAAAAUGAAAUAACAAAACUUGUUACCGAUAAGAAGAAGCAAUUUGGACCCCUGGUUCGCUGGCUCAAAGUCAACUUCAGUGAAUGCUUCUGUGCAUGGAUUCAUGUGAAAGCACUCCGGGUCUUUGUUGAAUCUGUGCUAAGGUACGGUCUUCCUGUCAACUUCCAAGCUAUGCUUUUGCACCCUAAUAAGAAAAACACGAAACGUCUGCGGGACGUUCUCCUCCAACUCUAUGGACAUUUGGAUGGCAGCACACAGCAGGGGGGUCUAGCCCAUGACAGUGUGGAUAUUCCUGGCCUGGGUUUCGGACAGUCUGACUACUAUCCGUACGUGUACUACAAGAUCAACAUAGACAUGGUUGACCAUAAACCGUAGGCUAAUGACAUAAGAUGAUGUGGAUGCGAUGGGCAGUCAAAUACUUCAUUUUGGCACUCUGUACUGUAAUUAAGUGAGGUGCAAGUGUGUUGGUAUUCCAUGCUUCACCCUUGCAUUGCAGAUGAUUUCUAGCCGUAUCAUUUUAAUGAAAUUGCCCGAGAGGCUGUAGAUUACUCAUGUAUAAAUAAUAAUAAAUAAAAUAAGAUACAUUUAUAUACAAACAUUUUGUUCAUGUACAGCCGUUGGAUUUUGUGUAGCUUAUGUGUCUUUAUUUUGUUCAAAUUUUUUCCUACUCAUUGGUUUUGAACACACAGAUAUAUUGUAGUAUAGGAUCAAUUUUGCUUUGCUGUCAUGUCAUUUUCACCGGAUAAUGGUAAUUUCCUUUUCUCAUGAUGCUGUUGGCUCUGCUUCUAUUUUGUUGUGAAUAGAGGAUCAAUGUUAAAGGCCUUAAGUGUUCAAUGAUCUUUUUGAUCCCCCUGUCAAUUCACACUUUGCUAUCAGCCUGGCAUGAAAUUGAAUCAACAACGUCUAAAGCAGUUUCUCAUACAGAAUGACAAAGCAUUGGUAACUUCUGGGUUUGGAUGCAUAUCUUUCAGAAAUGAUGUGCCUUAAUUGAGUGACUUUAUCCAAUGACAUUCCGCAACUGCCUGGUUUUCUAUGUGCUUGUAAAAUUAUAAAAAUAAGCUUAAAUUUAGCAGUCCAAUAAUGCGAUGCGUAAUCAAUUCCAGUCAGACUAACCAGUACUGCUUUUGGCUGAUUCCUGGUUAGAAACAUUGAAAUCUUGUUUUGCUGGUUUUGUGCUUCAAUUUAGCGGACUUUAUUGUCUAAAAUGUGUUUUUUCAUUUAUCAUUAUAUGUGUGCAUUUGUGCGAAUUAAAGAUAUUUUGUGAAGAUUGCAUGUUUCGUACUGACAUUUAGUUAUGUGUUAUAGGUGCACCACAGUUCGGAAUAUACUGGUAAAAGUUUGAUUUUUAACUGUAUAUGAUGUAGAGAUGUGUUAUGUCAUAAUGACUUUUAUGUUGGAAAACAUAAAACAUUUAGUAGAGAUCAUGUAAAAAUUUCUUCUUUAGGCUGUGCUUUAUUUUUGAGCUUAUUUGGACUUUUAAUUCUUGUUACCUCCUCUGUAAGCUGGUUUUUAUUGUACAUUUUGCUUAUUUUUAUAAGCGGCUCUUCCUUCUCUAUUUUAACAAAAGUGUGAUGAAAUUGUUGUGAAAAGGAGUAUUUUCUGAGGUUGUAUCUAUCUAAAUUGCCUUAAUUUUUUUUUGGUAGCAUUACCAUUAUGACAAGACCUACUUGACUUCAACUUCUACUAUUUUACCAUUUAUCCUGCCUUAUUUGUGCAUUUUGUUGUUGAGCCAUUUUCAAAUUUUUAGUUUUAUUUCCUCAUUUUUAAUGGAAUUCAUGUUGUUUUUUAAACUUGUACCGCCUCAGGUCAUACUUUCCUAUGAUUUAAAUAUGUAUAGAAAAUUUACAUUGUAUUUAACAGUUACUAAUCAUACUUCAUCCAAUUUGUAUCAUGUGAAAUUGUGUAAGAAAUUAAGCUAUUUGUGUGACCUGAUCACACUUGUUUAGUAGUGGCUUGUUAAUAUGUACUUCAAAACCAUUGCAAUGUUACCAUAUAAUUCCUUCACUAAAUAGAGAUUACUUUGGUACAGUAUUUUGUUUUUAAGCAUCAAGUGCGCUUCAAUUUAAAAGCGCUCUGCUGGAGUUACAAUCCCAAUCUAUUUCCCCAGCACCAGCAUGGUGUGGUUUUAAGUGCGCACACUAACUUCAUCUCCUUUUAUAUGCAUUGUGCUUUAGAGUUGUGAAUGGCCAUACUUAUGUCAAACUUACUCUGGCAGUUGUAAAUGAAUCUUCUAUGAAGAGAAUGUGUUUUUCUAUAUAAUCACUCAAAGAAGUCAGCGCCAUGGCGUGUACUUGAUGUGUUCUGUUUCAUGUAGAAUGUAUAGUGUGCCUGUGUAUUGUAAGACCAGCCGAACUUCAAUCUUGUUUUCAGUUUUAUUACCACCCUGCUGCCCUGGACUUUUGCUGAAAGAUUAAAACUAUUCAAGCUUCCACAUCA